AUGUUGGCAUUUAAGAACCUUCAACUGUCCAAGCAGUGCGCUAUGCAGAUGAGCCGCCAAUUCUCUGCAUCUGCUCUUAUAUCACAAAAACUCCCAACGCUCACGGAGGAGCAGUCUGGGUUGCCCAAGGAGAUUGUGAGUGGAGCUCCACCCUCUCUCUCCUCUGACAGAGUCGUGAGAAUCUGGAAGGAGUCCAAGUCGGCUACUCAGAGCGGCAAGCACAAUACCAGAAACUGGAAGUUGGACUGGGAAGUGCUAGGGAAAGGAAACAGAUGGGAGAAUGACAUGAUGGGUUACCAGGGAAGUGCCGAUUACAUGCAGGGAACUAUAAUGGCAUUUGACACCAAGGAAGGUGCCAUAAGAUUUGCCACUGGCCAAGGCUGGGACUACUAUGUCCAGGAACCAAGACAGAGAAAGUUCAAGAAGAAGGACUACUCCAUCAACUUCUUGCACUCCACUGGUCCUUUGAAACAUAUUAGGACCAAAUAG